CCGGCUCCCGCGUCCGGGCGCGACCCGCCGCCGCCACCGCGCCCGCCGCCGCCGCCGCCGCCGCCGCCGCCGCGCCCUCCAGCAUGACCGGCGUGGCCCGCCUGCCGCUGCCGCUGCUGCUCUGGCUGCUGCUGCUCGCGCGCCCGGGCGGGCCACUGGACUUGGCCGACUACACCUAUGACCUGGGGGAGGAGGAAGACUCGGAGCCCGUCAACUACAAAGACCCCUGCAAGGCGGCUGCCUUCCUUGGGGACAUCGCUCUGGAUGAGGAGGACUUGAGGGCCUUCCAGGUGCAGCAGGCUGCGGAUCUCAGGCAGCGUGCAACCCACAGGUCUUCCAUCAAAACUGCAGUUUACAAAGUACUUUCAGAAGCAUUAUCUAACUUUUCCCCAACCACCUUCAAAGGAAACUCUUCCACCCCCACCUGCCAGAGCACGAGUGGGCAGCCACCGAGGAGAAGCCGUGGGAGAUGGAGAAGCAGGUCCAGGAGCCGGCGAGCAGCCACAUCCAGACCAGAGCGAGUGUGGCCCGAUGGAGUCAUCCCCUUUGUCAUUGGGGGCAACUUCACUGGCAGCCAGAGGGCAGUCUUCCGGCAAGCCAUGAGGCACUGGGAGAAGCAUACCUGUGUCACCUUCCUGGAGCGCACUGAUGAGGACAGCUAUAUUGUAUUCACCUAUCGACCCUGCGGGUGCUGCUCCUACGUGGGUCGCCGCGGUGGGGGCCCACAGGCCAUCUCCAUUGGUAAGAACUGUGACAAGUUUGGCAUCGUUGUCCAUGAGCUGGGCCACGUUAUCGGCUUCUGGCACGAGCACACACGGCCAGACCGGGACCGACACGUCUCAAUUGUGCGUGAAAACAUCCAGCCAGGGCAGGAGUAUAACUUCUUGAAGAUGGAACUCCAGGAAGUGGAGUCCCUUGGGGAGACCUAUGAUUUUGACAGUAUCAUGCACUAUGCCCGGAACACGUUCUCCAGGGGCAUCUUCCUGGACACCAUUGUUCCCAAGUACGAGGUCAAUGGGGUGAAACCUCCCAUUGGCCAAAGGACCCGGCUCAGCAAGGGGGACAUCGCCCAGGCCCGCAAGCUCUACAAGUGCCCAGCCUGCGGAGAGACCCUACAAGACAGCACAGGCAACUUCUCCUCCCCUGAGUACCCCAAUGGCUACUCUGCCCACAUGCACUGCGUAUGGCGUAUCUCAGUCACACCUGGAGAGAAGAUCAUUCUGAAUUUCACAUCCAUGGACCUGUAUCGCAGCCGCCUGUGCUGGUAUGACUACGUGGAGGUCCGAGACGGCUUCUGGAGGAAGGCACCCCUCCGAGGCCGCUUCUGUGGGGGCAAACUCCCCGAGCCUAUUGUCUCCACCGACAGCCGUCUCUGGGUGGAAUUCCGCAGCAGCAGCAACUGGGUCGGGAAGGGCUUCUUUGCCGUCUAUGAAGCCAUCUGUGGGGGGGAUGUGAAGAAGGACAACGGCCACAUCCAGUCGCCCAAUUACCCUGACGAUUACCGGCCAAGCAAAGUCUGCAUCUGGCGGAUCCAGGUGUCUGAGGGCUUCCACGUGGGCCUCACCUUCCAGUCCUUUGAGAUCGAGCGCCACGACAGCUGUGCCUACGACUACCUAGAGGUGCGUGACGGGCACAGUGAGACCAGCACCCUCAUCGGGCGCUACUGUGGCUACGAGAAGCCGGAUGACAUCAAGAGCACUUCCAGCCGCCUCUGGCUCAAAUUCGUCUCUGACGGAUCCAUUAACAAAGCUGGCUUUGCUGUCAACUUUUUCAAAGAGGUGGAUGAGUGCUCACGGCCCAACCGCGGGGGCUGCGAGCAGCGGUGCCUCAACACCUUGGGCAGCUACAAGUGCAGCUGUGACCCUGGGUAUGAGCUGGCCCCGGACAAGCGCCGCUGCGAGGCUGCCUGUGGUGGAUUCCUCACCAAGCUCAAUGGAUCCAUCACCAGCCCAGGCUGGCCCAAGGAAUACCCCCCUAACAAAAACUGCAUCUGGCAAUUGGUGGCCCCUACCCAGUACCGCAUCUCCCUGCAGUUCGACUUCUUUGAGACCGAAGGCAAUGAUGUGUGCAAGUAUGACUUCGUGGAAGUGCGCAGCGGGCUGACGGCCGACUCCAAGCUACAUGGCAAGUUCUGUGGCUCCGAGAAGCCUGAGGUCAUCACCUCCCAGUACAACAACAUGCGCGUGGAGUUCAAGUCUGACAACACCGUCUCCAAAAAGGGCUUCAAAGCCCACUUCUUCUCAGACAAGGACGAGUGCUCCAAGGACAACGGCGGCUGCCAGCAAGACUGCGUCAACACCUUCGGCAGCUAUGAGUGCCAGUGUCGCAGCGGCUUUGUCCUACAUGACAACAAACACGACUGCAAGGAAGCUGGCUGUGACCACAAGGUAACAUCCACCAGCGGCACCAUCACCAGUCCCAACUGGCCUGACAAAUAUCCCAGCAAGAAGGAGUGCACCUGGGCUAUCUCUAGCACCCCUGGCCACCGGGUCAAGCUGACCUUCGUGGAGAUGGAUAUCGAGUCCCAGCCUGAGUGUGCCUAUGACCACCUGGAGGUGUACGAUGGCCGUGACGCCAAGGCCCCCGUCCUGGGCCGCUUCUGUGGGAGCAAGAAGCCAGAGCCUGUCCUGGCCACGGGCAGCCGCAUGUUCCUGCGCUUCUACUCCGACAACUCCGUCCAGAGGAAGGGCUUUCAGGCAUCCCACUCCACAGAGUGUGGAGGCCAGGUUCGGGCAGAGGUGAAGACAAAGGAUCUUUACUCCCACGCCCAGUUUGGUGACAACAACUACCCUGGGGGAGUGGACUGCGAGUGGGUCAUCGUGGCAGAGGAAGGCUAUGGCGUGGAGCUGGUGUUCCAGACCUUCGAGGUGGAGGAGGAAACAGACUGUGGCUACGACUACAUGGAGCUCUUCGAUGGCUAUGAUAGCACAGCCCCUAGACUGGGGCGCUACUGCGGCUCAGGGCCUCCCGAGGAGGUGUACUCAGCGGGAGAUUCUGUCCUGGUGAAAUUCCACUCAGAUGACACCAUCACCAAAAAAGGCUUCCACCUGCGGUACACCAGCACCAAGUUCCAGGACACACUGCACAGCAGGAAAUGACCACUGCCCUCACGUGGGGGCAGGGACGGGAGGCCUACUGCCCUCAGUCACCUGGACUGGACAGUGGGAGGUGGGCAGGAGGUGGGCACCCUGUCCCCAUCCCCCAGGCACCAGGACCUGCAGGCCGAUGGGCCAGGUGAGGCUGUCCUCAGGAGGCAGGGGAACUGGACUCCUUCAUGAGCCCCUUCCCCGUGAUCCCUUCCUCCUUGCCCCCACCAGAGCAAGGGGCCAGGGCCAGGGAGCCAGAGCUUUCACUGAGACACUUGAAGUUGCCAUUCCUCUCUGGAGGCCUGGCCUGGUGGGGAGAGCGUCUGUCAGCAGACCCUCCCAUCUUCCCUGCCCUGUCUAAGUGCGCUGUAUUGUGUAUAGCCGGUGGCAUAUCUUCAUGUAAUGUGCAUUUCCCACCCCUUCUCCAACCUUGAAAUGGUUUUUUCGAGCCCCCAUUUCCCCACUUCCUGGGGUGUGAGUUUCCAUAGGAGUCCCAUAGGAUGCACCAUGGGGGGGCUGCAGGCGAGGGGGUGGGGAAACAAGACGGGGCUUCUCUCAGGCCCAGAGGCUGGUCAGCCACAUCAGGGCACCCCAGCCAAUAAACUGAAAGUGUUACAGCCAG